AUGGCCAUCACAUAUGCGUUGAAUACCCCAUUAACGCGAGAUCCAUGCAUUGCAGUGACUGUGCUGGGUGCUAUCAGCACCAUCACGACAGUAUUGAGGUUCUAUGCCUUGCGGUUGAGAGGAAUAAAACCGGGGGUGCCGGAGUGGCUCAUCGUCGCGGGAUUGGCCAUUGUUUAUAUCAAUAUUGCCAUUCAGUUUAUCCAUAUCCCAGUCACCAUUGCAGGAGGAGCAGGUAGAAAAGCUGCAGAAGUCGAUCCAUCGUCAGUAAUUAUCACGCUCAAGACAAUUCUCCCUCUGGAAGCCCUCUAUGGAGUUGUUCUAGGCCUCGUAAAAACGUCCAUAAUGCUCUUCUACUUUCGCAUCUUCAGCGCCAAACAAAGCUUUCGAAUCAGUGUCUUCGUGACAAUGGUCAUCGUCUGGGCGUGGUCUGUGAGUGUGAUUCUAGAGACGUUCCUUCUCUGCCGUCCGUUGGCUUACAACUGGGACAUCACUAUUCCCGGCACAUGUGGUGAUCGCAAUGCGACAUAUGUUGUCGCUGGAACGCUCAACUUGAUAACCGACUUGAUAGUCAUGGCUCUCCCUGUGCCUCAUAUUUGGAAGCUUCAGCUUAACGUCGCAAAGAAACUGGCGCUGUCCUGUUUGUUCUGUUUGGGUUUGUUUACAUCCAUCAUCAGCGUCAUUCGUCUGGUAUCCCUCAUGGCAAUCGACUUCACCGACAUCACAUAUUCCGUUCAUAUGGGAGUUAUGUGGACAGUCAUCGAGCCUGAGCUUGCCAUUAUCUGCGCUAACAUGCCCUUCCAAAAGGCGGUCUUAUCAAAGGUAGCACCAGGCUUGUUCUCAACAGCUCGCACCAAAUAUGGUGUUAGUGGUCCGCAAUCAUUCGAACGCCUCCAGGAUCCGCAGUACAAGAACACUCACAUAUUGUGUCGACUCGAUCGGGGUAGAAUGAACACACAUCUUUCGACCGCUCGCGGUACCGGAGAGCAGGAAGGAUUUGAAGAAAGCAUUUACAACUUCUCAGAUGAGCAGCGUCUUCACAGUCAGCCUGAGAAAAGUGAGAUCAGAGUGAACCAGAAAUUUGUUGUAAAAUACGGCUCAUAG